UACAUUGGUAACCAUCUCUAAACACAUUCCACAUCAAUGGAUGUGCGUUGUGUAUUAUUUUCCGUACAUUGAGCGUCAUUUUCAUGUUUUUCUAUGCAACAAGCCACUUUCGCCGAUAUACGAUUUUAGGAUAAGGACUUAAAGCCAAAAAGGAAUCAUAAUUAUUAAGGGAAUUACAUCUCCAUUUUCGCAGAUCCAAGUCGCCUCUCCAUCAUGGCUACCGAGAAGAGUCCCGACCAGCCGGCCGUCAUCACGACCACGACGGUCACAUCGCAUACGACCACCACCAAACAGAUGAAAUCAAGUUCGGGUGUCGGAAUUCAAUUCGAUAAGUCUUUUGCCAAGUCGCCUCAGGGCGUCCUUGCCCUCAUAGAAGCCUUCUAUUCUUUUGUGGCGUUUGUCAUCAUCGCGGCGAGUGAUCGCCAGAUAUAUAAAUCGGGUAGUUUUGCUUUCUUUAUGACGGUCACCUUCAUCGUUUUCUUUUUCACGAUGUGCUACUACAUUGGUGAGGUCACAAACCUACGAUACAAGCUACAGUUACCAUGGACGAUACUGGAUAUGUGGAUCUACUCCAUAUACAUCUUAACCUUGUUGAUAUCAUCUUCUUUGGUAGCAGCUAAUGGAUAUUUACCCAACCACGGUGCAGGAGCGACUUUAGGUUUUGUUGUAAUGCAGCUCUACAUGAUCAGCCUUGUCCUUACGAUAAUGCAAUUUCGGGCAAACCAAGCUCUUAACCAACAGUCGACGGGGGCUAUGGGGGUUGACAACACAGCUAACACAAUAGGGGCAGGGGCGGCCCCCGACAAUUUUUAUAAUGGCCCUGGGCCAGCAUAUUAGUUUAAUAAUCUUCUUUCAAAUUUUUAUACAUUCAAAAGGGGAGGGGGUCAUGACAUUGUCAUCUAAAGUUUUUAAUUAAGUGAUAUGAUUAUAUUUCUAUGUGAUUCGUCUUACGAAUAGACUAUGCAGAUAUUCUAUCAGUUAGAAGAGAUAUUGUAUAUUAUAUUUUUCAUAUUCCAUGUAGACCUAUAAGAAUUAUCUAACAGCGUGACCGUCAUGUUUAAUGUGUUUGUGUAUAGUCUUUAUUAUUGAUCGUGUGCUAUCCGUUUAUUAGUUCAUGCAAUCUGUGCCACCUUGUUUUUUUAACUUUUAAAGUGGUCAGAGAGAAAGAAAACGGACCGUUCAGCGAAUAUUAUUAUUAAUAAUAAUAAUAUAGGUAUAUUUACCCAGGGAAGCCACUUCAGUUCCGAAAGCUGUUCUCCCAGUUAUACUGGUGGGCCCUGCUAUUAUUACAUCGGCUUUAGCUGGGCUGCCUAGGCGCUCAAAGCAUUCAAGGAAUUUCUUCCUACUGGGUACCCAUUCAUCUCACCUGGGUCGAGUGCUUAUAUACGAACUUAUCAUGUUUAUAUUAUUAUCUGGGUAGAUCAGCUCUUUAAUCUGCUUUGGCAUCAAUAUAAAUUUAUGAUUUAUUUACAGGGUAUGCUUCAUUCUAAAGUACAUUAUGAUAAUAAGCAUUCAGUAUAAUUGUUAUGAUUGCAUAUACAAUGUUAUCAUUGUAUUAUAACACAAAAUGUUCAUGUCAAGUGAAUGAAGAUUAUUGAUAGAUUAAAUUAAAUUCAUUAUUGUAAUGCAAAACUUAACAACUUUCAGUUAAAUGCAAAGCAUUUCUUCAAAUUUCGUUACCAUCUUAGUUGCUCGUGUCCAUUUUGUACAAGCAAAAAACAUGGUUUUCUAUCAAUGUGCAGCUGUGUUAUUAAUAAAAUACUAUAUAUUUCACAUUUUUCAUAUAUCUGUCUCUUUGAAUUUCAAAAUCGUAUCACAAUUAUGUUAAUGAAGCAUGAAGUUUUGUAAUCAUGAUAAAAUUGUAGUAAUUAAUUCAUUUAGUUAUACAUGUAUUUCAUUUUUUUACUAUAUAUGUUCAUUAUUAUAUUACAAUUCAAUGCGUGUAAUUUGUUAUAACAAAUUACACGGAAUGAAUUGUAAUAUUAACAUUCGGGGCAAACGGGAAUCCCCACUAAUAAAAAAAAAUAUGUUUUCAAAGCUUUAUGGUCCAACUGAAACAAUAAUUGUUGAAAAAAAAAACAUUCAAAUUAAUCAGCUAUAUACCAUGUUUAUAUUUCGAUUUGUACCUUUCCUUUUCUAUUUUCCUUUUAAGAUGGUCAGACGGUAAGAUCAGAUUAUAAAAUAGUUUUCUUGGACAUUAACAGGCUUUUACAUCGAAUACAAAUUGAGUGCGGCGAGAAAGGUAUUUGAUUCGAUAAUGGUAUUCACGUGAAAUCUUGUACAUUUCAUUUUUAUUGGAAAAAUAAAUUGACUGAGAAAAGUG